UUAUUGCUUCCAGGAUUGGCUCCUGAUUUUGCUCCUUACUGUGGAUUUGACUCGAGUGUUGGUGAUCCAAUAUUCACGAUUGGAGCUCAAGGUAUUGCUAAGGAUCAAGUUGAGGCCGUAGAGAAGGCCAUCGACGAUACAUUCCAUGAAGUAAUUGAGAAUGGAAUUGAUCAAGGACUGAUUGAUACUGUUCUUCAUAGCUUGGAGUUGUCCAUCAAGAAAAAGUCUCCAAACUUUGGUGUCAAUAUUUGUUUUCCAGUGUUCUCAAAUUGGAUUCACAAUGAUGAUCCAAUUAGCACAUUCAAAAUUAACUAUUACUUGGACAGACUGAGAAAGGAAUUGGAAAAUCCAAACUUCUUCAAAGAUAAGAUUAAGAAAUACUUCCUCAAUAAUACUCAUAAGGUCAUCUUUGUGAUGAAUCCAGAUCCCAAUUACUUUGAUAAGCAAGCCAUGGAAGCAGCAAAGCUCGACUCAAUUGUGAUGGCGCUUUCUGACUCUGACAAGACACGAAUCGUUGAGGAAUAUAAGGAAAUGGAGGAAACCAAAGUUGAGCAGGCAAAGAAUGUUGAGAUUUUACCAACAUUAACUGUAGAUGAUCUUUCGAGAAAAAUUAUUGAUGUACAAAUGGUUCAACUCGUGAAGGAAAAAGCCGAGCCUGAAUUUCAUAUGAAUGUUGUGAAAGGUACCAAUGGAAUUAUUCACGUGACAUCCAUAGUUCCAUUCUCUCUUGGCGAAGUUCCAGAACAUUUACAAAAAUCGUUCCAAUAUUUGGAGAUUCUCGAAAAAAUCGAUGAAUUUUCGUUUGCUCUCAAAUUUUCCUCUUAUUGUUUGGAACGAAAUGCAGAGAAAAUGGUCGACUUGAUGAGAGAAAUUUACACAGAUGUGAACUUCCUUGGAGAUUUGAAUUUCUUACAAAAUUGCAUUGAUCAAGCUGCAUCUGAUGCUGCAAGUGGAAUCUUACACAGUGGACAUCACUAUGCCAAAACUCAUGCUGCUGCUAACAUUUCAUUCUAUGAUUCAUUGAUUAAUGCCACGAGUGGAAUUGAUGCCAUGAGGUUCUUGAAACAGCUCUCCACGGAAGCCAAUACUGAACUCAUUGCCACCUCACUUCAAGAACUUGUGCCUUAUUUAUUGAGAAAGAAAGAUGAAAAUUCUCAUUACCUGCGAAGAGCACCAACGUGA